AUGGCGAAGCCGAAACUUCUGACGCUGAGGCGUAAGCUGAAGCGAGUUGCCGUGCUGCUGAUUCUCUUCAUUGUGGCCACGACUGUUCUGACCCUCAGGUUCGACACCGCUGCCGAUGAUGGGGCGCCGGAGCCCAACAACCUCCGCCACUCGCAUGCCACCGCGGCGGAAGAUGCAGCACUUGCUCACAUCCCACGCAGUGUUGUGGACACGUGGAGCCGGCGGGAGUACCUGAUUGUGCUGGGCGUUCCCUCCAUUGACGAAGAAGCGAGGCGAACGCAACGCAACCUGCAGCGGUCGACGUGCUGGCGGUUCCCCGGAGUGGCGACGAGGGCGAACGACUUCACCGGUGCAUUGCUCGUGCUGUACGUUAUUGGGCGACACCCGUCGCACGGAUAUGACUACUCUGCCGCGAUGCUGGAGGAGGCGGCACAGUGGAACGAUGUGGUUGCGCUGCAAAUGAACGAGGGCCUCGUGACGACUAACAAAACAGUUGGCCACUACGGCUUUUUUGGAGCUGAGGCGAAUGUCGGUUUGAGCCGCAAGGUGUACAUGUGGUUCGACCUUGCGCUCCGUCUGUUUCCGACCGCGAGGUACAUUGCGAAGGGUGAUGACGAUAUUUUUCUUCGUGUGCCGCUGUUUGUUGCUCACCUGCGCCUCCUGCCGCGCCGAGGGGUCUACAUGGGAUACCACAUUGGUGUCGCCCAGUUUGCGAAUAAGCGCUUCCCGGGUAACACUUUUAUGUUUGGCUGGUGCUUUACUUUGUCGAGGGACGUGGCGGAGGCGUUGGUGUCGUACAAGCCUCUGAGGCGCCUGGCGUACCUGCCGUACAGCGAGGAACGUGAUCACGAGUUUGCACUGCUUCAGUUUCACAGUGACGACGCCAUGGUUGGUUGGGUUCUUGAGAAGGAACUGAACUACAAGCCGAUGGUAUACGUGAAGAUGCUGCCCUGUCAUUACCAUGACGCCCGCGAUGACACCGGGCACUGGCAGGUGGUGCCGACCUCGAUGUGUGUCCAUCAUGUGCGGGGGGACGACUACGCCGCGCUCAUGGCGCGCUUCGGCAACGACACAUCGCCUGUCGCCCGUGUGGAACGGUACUCAGAAGACGUGAUAUACCCCUGUUGCGAUUGA